AUGAUAUGCAAAAAUUUAAGACUGCGUUCAGAAAGUAUAGUCACAGUUAUACGUUGUUCGAAAACUUCAAAAUCGAAAUUUUGCGAUGAGCGAAAAAAUAUUAAUUCCGCUUUAGUGCGGAGAGUCAAUAAAUUAUUGGAAUCUAGAGUAGAACAUGAUAAGGACACGUUGGAAGCUUUAAAGGAGUUAUCGACAUUCUUUACUGAAAAUACAUUAAAUUCUCGCAGAAAUUUGCGUAGCAAAAUAGAGAGAAGAAGUCUAGCGAUAAAUGAAGAAUUUCUGGCUGCCUUUAAAGAAGUAAAAGCUUCCUUGGAUGAUGUUUAUCAAGAUGUUUUAGCAAUGAAUACAGCUGUGCAGUCUAUGACUAAUCGUUUACAAGUUACAAAAGCUCAAACGUCACAACUCAUAGAACAGACUUCUAAGCUUCAGAAUGAAAGUCAAGUAUUAUCCAUGCAACAAGAAGUUGCGAGUGCAUUUAUCAAAAAUUUCCAAUUGACUUCAUCAGAACUAACUGUUCUGCAUGGAUCAACUAGAGAAUCGCCUAUAACAGAAGAUUUCUUCUCUGUAGUUAAUAAAGUACAGGAUAUUCAUGGUAAAUGCAGAGUGUUGAUGCAAUCUGGUUAUCAAGCAUUAGCUCUGGAUAUAAUGCAAAGAAUGACACUAUUGCAAGAAGCAGCGCUUGAAAGAUUAUAUCGAUGGACACAAACUCAAUGUAAAAAUAUAGAAAACGAACGUUUAGCACCAUUACUUAUUAAGGCUAUGAGUAAAUUGCAAGAUAGGCCAGUGUUAUUUAAAUACAUUGUAGAUGAAUAUUGUGCAGCUAGAAGAACUGCUUUGGUAGGAUCUUUUAUAGAUGCAUUAACAUUAGGAGAAGGUUUUGGUGGAACACCUAAUCCUAUAGAGAUGCAUGCCAAUGAUCCUAAGCGAUAUAUUGGCGAUAUGCUUGCUUGGUUGCAUCAAAUAAUUCCUGUAGAGAAAGAGAACAUUCUUACUUUAGUGAAAAGCUGUGAUAAAACAGAUGUGUCAGAUCAAGUGAAACAAGCAUUAAGUAACAUCACAGAAGGAUUAUGUCAUCCUUUAAAAUCGCGAAUAGAGCAUGUUAUAUCCACAGAAGCACCAGCAACAGUAUUAUAUUCAGUCACAACUUUAAUCAGAUUUUAUCGUGCUAUUACUGAGCAAGUCAUACCUGAUAGCAUUCUGGAUCAAACAUUGUCAGAUUUAUUAGCUUUAAGCGAAAAAAGUUUUUUGAGCAGAUUGCAGAGAGAAACGAGAAUCGCUCUCGGGGAACGCGCAGAGCCUCCGGGCAAUGAUUUGAUCCCUGCUCCAUCUGUUUCAAGACUGUUAUCACUUUUGAAUGAAAUAUUGUCUGUCGCCAGUAUAGCUGAAGACAGAGAAAGAGAUAUGCUGCAGAUUGUGUCAUGCAUCAUUGAUCCAUUGCUCCAAGAAGUCAAUGAAACAGCGUCCAGAUUGCCAACCGUGGAUAUGGCUGUAUAUCUUCUAAAUUGUAUGCAUCAAAUACAAUCGACAUUAGCAUUGUAUGAGUACAUGGAUCAAAGAUUAGAAAGGUUACAGGCACAAUCAGAUGCGCAAAUCGAUACACUUACAUCGGAACAAGCUAGUUCUUUAGUAGCACAUUUAAAUCUUGGCUCGAUUUACACCAUUCUACAAGGACGUGAGCAAGGGCCACUUUCAUCCAUUCCUGGUAUGGAUGCUCUCAGUAUAAAGGAGUUCACUAAUAAACUCGAGGCAUUUCUAGUGAUGCCAGAUGUCUUGCUAUUGCCACAAAUAAGUUUAUUGCAAAGCAACAAUCAUCGUACAAUUACUCAGAAACGAUCAUUUGAAGUCAUCGGAGCUAUAUAUAAGCAGUUAUACGAUGCCUGCCAUGACCCGAAAAAUUUAUACCAAAGUCCCACCAAUCUUUUUUCUAGGACACCCGAAGAGCUUCUUGAGACAUUAAUUUCUCAGUAAUAAUAUAUUUACAGACUUCCAAAAGCAUCAUAUAUUAUACAUAAAUAUAUAUUUGUUUUUAUAUAACAAUUUGCAGCAUCAAUUUACUGCUUUUGUUAUUAGAAUAUGAAUAUAUGUACAUAAUUAAAUGAUAAUGAAUCGUA